AUGUCUGAAAAGGAGCUGGGGAAAAAGUGGGACCGAUGCCUGGCAGACGGUGCCAUUAAGUUCGGUAAUUAUCCAAAAGAUUCUGUUAACAAAAAUAAUUUAUAAUGUGAUUUCUGGACGAGAAAAUGAGCAACAGCUUUUACUGUAGUCUACAUCUGUCAUUGACUGGGCGAGGCUAACUAGCUAGCCAGUAAGAGCUAGUAAAGGACAACUGAAUGACCAAAAAGAUAAACAUGACUGAUUUUAUCUCUUUAACUUAGCAAUACAACCCUUAGUAAUUUGGCGCAAACGUAAGUCUUUCUCAGAAAAAUUUGCGUGAUUUCUCUAAACAUGCAAGGAAGCCCUAUUGGUAAAACGUCAAGGGUUGCUCUUCCGCUUUGCUUUUUAUUUUUAUACCUUUUUAUUGAAUUAGUUAGACACGAAUCCAGACUCUAUUCAUCGCUUAUUAAUUCGGCUGACAAUUUCCACACCGACAACAUUUCGUUUUUUAUAUUAUGAAAACUUUCCAUUGCGUCAGCUUGCUGCUACACAAUGUAAUGAAGAGACAGAAAUUAAAGAAAAUGGCAGUGUUUACUGUGGUAUUUGUGAGUCAAUUCCAUAUAACUUAGUAUAUUUCGUGUAAUUACUAUCUUUAUAGGCUAGUGGACCUAAUAUUUACACAUUUAAAACUUCAAUUAUAUGCACAUGACCAAUAAACGCAGCACGACAAAAUUACAAGAUUUUUGAAUGGGGUCUGGUCUACAUAAUGGCACUGACAGCUUUAGCUCGUUGAGGAGAUAUGUGCUCUACUUUUUUAAGGAGGCUUAAGAAACUGGACAACAGAUGUACCUGGAGACAAUAGGAUAAACUCACACUAGAUUGCACGGCAGAAAAAAACAGAAGAACAGUGUGGUGAUCAUCACAUGCUUUAUAAAGAAGAGAACUGGAAAUGAGGGACAUAUGUAUUCAGAUGCACCCUCUGCCAUAACAUUAUGACCACCUGUGCAAUAUAAUGCAGUGUUAAUCAACAAGUCUGCCAUAAAGUCAGCAUUUGCAUAGCUUUGUCAGGUUUUUCUGACUUGUCAGACAGUUGAUAAUUUUUCUGUUAAUGAUUAAUUGUAGGUGGCUGUUGGUGCACUGGAGUGUAUUAGUUUUAAAGAUGUUCCUAAUUUUGUUGCACCCCUCAUAUAAAAUGUCAGGAACACCUUUAAUAUAACAUAUUCUACAUAACCAUCAUUGCCUGAUAUGUCUUUAAUAAAAAGUUCAGAAUGAUCUAUUUGAUCCUUUUAGCUAAAACUUAUAAUUCAAAUAAAACCUCAUAACUCGAAUUUAUAGCAUGCAAGAAAACUACACAAAGGAUAAUAUAACUGUACAUAUAUGGGGACAACAUGGAGUGUAUACAAACCUAAAAUGAAUUAAUGCAAAUGAAGUAAUAGCUUUAUAAGUAAGAAAAAAUCAAAGACAAACUGUUAUGUCAUAUCAAAUGUUGUUUCUCUCUUUUUCCAGGUACGGGGCUGGGGUUAGGGAUUGUGCUUUCUGUCCUGUUCUUCAAACGUAAGUAUCUCGAACAGGCUUCUCUUCUGGGUCUUGAACCUUUAAAUAGCCCUGACAUCCUUGACAAGAGAAGCAGAGAUAAGAGGGACAACCUUUCGCCGCUGAAGUAUAUCCAAGUUAAAGGCACAGUGUUACUAUUUAGUGGGACUUGGCAGAAUAGAAUAGGUAGAAAUGGAAUAUGAUACUUGUAUAUGAGUUAAAAUUGAUGUAUAGCCACAUGAAUAUACAGAUUGGCUUUUUUUUUUAAACUCAGAAUGAGGCUUUUAUUGCAGCCUACACCAUCAAAAAUAUGCACAUCCAGAUUGGCAAUGAAAGCAGUGUUUUGCCAUGCUCUAUACAUCCAGAUGAGUUAGGAAGCUUUAAAUACGAAAUUCAAAAAACCUGCAUCAAAAUAUCUUGUUGCAGUGCUUUUAGUUUUGAGUUUUAACACCUGAAACCAGUGUGCCAGUAUUGGGGGUGUGGCUAAAGAAGCUGCCCUAUUUUUACAGUUUCUACAUUAAAGAUAUUAGAUAUAUUAUAUUAAUAUAUUAUUUGCAAUAAAUGAUACAUUUGGCCAUAAAAAGUCAACAGGAUGUGAUUUUUGCCAGAUAACAUUGCAUAAGCAUGUCAAGAAUAAGAUUAAGACUGCUUUGUCCACAAGAGAGCGCCAAAAUCAACACAUAUCAAAAGUUUCUCACAGGAACUUAAAGUCCUAAAUAUCUUGCCCUUUUAUCCAUGUCAUAAACAGAGCCUGAAACGGACUUUCUUUUUACUUACACACAGUGGCUUCUGGGUUUAGAGUUUUGGCAGUUAAUAUUUGUUUGUAUUCAAAACAGGGUAAAGCCAGGGUUGUAUAUAAAUCAACAGGCUUAGAGCUCCUGUGAGGAACUUUUGACAGCAGGCUUUGAUUAUAUUAUCCUUUACAUGUGGAAGUACUGUCAUCUCACAAAAAUCUCAUACUGCUGACUUUUCACGUCAAAAAUAUCAUUUAUUGUAAAUAAUGGGCCACAUCACCAAAGGGAGGGGUGAGCAAGGGGAGCGCCUUCGUCAAGAAUUUAACUGUUAGAUAUUCCUCUUCCUACACACAGUAGUACCUUUAACUCCUGAAAAAAAGACAAAAGUAGUUUGGCCAAAAUGAAAAAUGCAUGGAUGUAUUUGUCUUAGUGGAAAUGUGUUUAUUUAAUGUCACCCUGCUCUCACAGCUAAAAGCACUUGUUUAUAGUGCAGUUUGCUUUGACUGGUUUUAUAUAUGUAGCUCAAGUGUUAUUUAUAUGCAUUUAUGACUGUGGGUAUUGAGUGUCUUCAUUUUGACAAGAGCCCCAGUGAUGGAGCAUGUGAAAAUAAAUGUUAACAAGAAGAGAAAAAUGAAAAACAGUUAAGGUGUCACAACAGGAGUGUGAAAAGGAUUUCACACGCCAUUCCUUCUGUGUUUUUUAAUAACACUGUGAAGUGCAUCUCUGUAAAAAAAAAAAAAAAAAAAUCAAAGAACCUGUUUCGUUUGCAGGGCACACGUGGCCAAUCUCAUUCGGCUCAGGAGCGGGACUCGGCAUGGCAUACGCCAACUGUCAGAACGACCUGAGAUCACAUUAUAUGCUGCACAGAAGUGAAAAGGUAAGUCAAUGUGAUCAUACACUUAAUACAUAAUACAUAGUUUCAUUAUUGAAAACUCAGACCAGCAGCCAUGUGAAUGUUUAUACUGAAGAAGAUUAAUGUGACUGACUUUUUUUUCUUUUUCCUGACAGGAGCAGUAG